AUGAUACGUAGAAGAGGUGAAUCUGUGGAUAGGACGAACGACUCCACCGACGAGAUCCUUUCUUUUUCACUGCCUGACAGCAGUCGUCAGAAUCAGUCAUUCAGACUUCCUUCGAUAAACCAGAGUGCAAUGAGACAAGAACUCUACGAGCUUCAGCGAUCUGCACCGCUACGCCGAUCGCAUUCCUGGGAUGAACACUCCAUCCGUUCUUUCACACAUUCGGAGAAUUUUAUUAGUUCCAUGAACAUCGCAGACAAUUAUCGUCAUGAAGAUUAUUGCUCAACUUGUUAUCCAUACUCACCAAACGAAAUGGAUCAUUAUUUUGACUUCUGCGAGGUCAACGAAUUCUACCGGAAAGUUCAUGAGCCCAUUAUACAGGCAACGCUUUUCCGCGGCCAAGAACUUCUAGCUACUGUUUUCACGGAGAUAAGACUUUUCGCUUUAAGAUAUGCCCUAGCAACAUCGGAACCUCUAUCAGUUGCCCCGAGUAGCCCAUAUCGAGUGCAAAGCAAGAUCCGUGUGAUUGCAUGCUCUAUGAAGGAGUGGGACUCUCCGCAGCAGAUAACUAAGCCAAACGUGCAUCUUCAAAAUCGCUUCAUGCCCUUCUCCGAUGAAAUCGCCCAAGGCGAUCGAAUGGAUGUUGAGCAGUGCUCUUCCUUCGAAAGAUUGGUGAAGCUAGAUGGAAUUGGGAAGAAGCCUACGCAGAAUGAGAUUGAAAAUGGACGAAUCGUUGCUGGUGUUGUACUCGUUGGUAUUGCGGCCGUGAUACUUUGUUCUAUGUGGUUUCUCAUUCGUUUGCUUCCUCUUAUCCUCAUUCCCGCGGUGUGUUUUUAUCGCAAGAAUUUCAUUUAUGACAACAUACGUGUGAAUGAUCAGAACGCACUUGCGGGAGCAUGCAAUGAGCAAAAAGAAGAAAAAAAGCCAAUUGAGUCUGUAGGGGAUGCUACGACUCGUGACAGAGUGACAGAAUUAGAAAAUCAAAAUGAGCGUCUGAUGAUUGAGUUGGAGAAGCAGAGAGAAACGACAAAGAUGUUGCUUAAACAGAUUGAAGAUUUCACCUCGAUCAGCUAUGGUACUGAAUCCAGAGUAGAGAAAGAUUUCCCUCGAGAAUAUAUUUAUAGGCAAUAG